AUGUCUCACUCCGGUUACAUGGGUAAUAACUCCUUUGGGAACCCCAACGAUGGGGUAGACCCCUCCGACUUGACAAUGCAGCAGAGCGGCUUCAUGCCGUACUCCUUCGGCUCGCAGCAGAACAUGUCCUCCAGCUUCAACUUCGGCAACUCCGGAAUCGACACCGACGAACUGUUGGACCUGGAGAUUAGCGGACAGAACGGCGUUCAGCGUGGGGACAACAUGAACUACCUUCAGGAUCAGUCUGGUGGCAUCGCUAUGAGCCAUCAAAGUCAAAUGUCGCAUCUGUAUUCGAAUACGCCCGACGGGCCCCCGAUGGCCAGCCCGUUUGUCAAUAGCAGCUUCAACUACGAGCAGUUCCGCAUGAACCACGGGCAGAAUCAUCAUUUGCAGAAUGCAACCUCCUUUGAUCAGAACUACUUAAAUGCCAAGUCUCGCCCGAGCUUACAGGCCAUGGACCGGACUUCGUCGGAUGCGCGGAGCCCGAUGACUCCCAAGACCCCCGCCCUGGGCUCCCUGAACCUGGGUACCCCAGAAUCUGGCAGCUUCCCCGGCCAGCCGAUCCGGACUGGUGGACUCCAGCACCGUCACCAGAAGUCUCUCUCCAACCAGUGGGAUGGGACACCUGGCAGCGCCCAUUCUUAUAUCGAGUCCCCGAUUGGUUCGCCUAACCACCACUCGCAGCAAGUUGGCAUCUCAGAGAUUCUGAAGUCCGGCAAGCAUGCAUCAUUGCCUGCCAAGGUCGACACCCAUCUUCCUGGCAGCGCCCAGGACCUAGAGUCCCAAGAGGCCAAGCGUCGACGCCGCCGAGCCUCACACAACCUCGUCGAGCGGCGGCGCCGCGACAACAUUAACGAGCGCAUCCAGGAUCUCUCGCACUUAGUACCGCAGCACCGCCUCGAAGAUGACAAGGUCCGCAAGCAACUCGUGAACAACACAGCCCUCUCCAUGGCCGGCGCGGGCAGCAAUCCCGCAACCUCCCUCCUAGCUGGCGGUAACGGCCGCCGCGCCACACCAGGCAACAUCACCAUGGGCCUGCCCAUCGAAGAGAAAGAGAAAGGCCCAAACAAGGGCGACAUCUUGAACGGCGCGGUCAGCUGGAUGCGCGACCUGAUGUGGGCCCUGCACGUCAAGUACCAGCAAGAAGCCGAACUGGCCGAGAUGAUUAGCAGCCUGGGCGGGACGUGGCCGUUCGAGCCGACAGAGGAAGAGAAGCGCAUGCGCAGCGAGAUUCUCGACGCCCUCGAGAAGAACGACCCCACGUCCUUCGCCUACACCCGCGGCCCGGGCAGCGGGCUGCGCGUGCCCAAGCACACCAAUCUGGCCGGCGACACAGUCCAGGGCGGGAGCGAUGGCUUGACGCCGCCGGGUCUGAGCCCCUCGUUCCAUAGCGGGGAAAGCAGCGCUAACGGUGCCGGCCAGGCGCAGUAUUGGAAUAGUUCUGGCCAUGCCGCUAUGAGCUUCAAGGAGGAGGAUGAGUAUGGGAUGGAGAUGAGCUAG